AUGGCCCCUCCUGUUCCAGUUUACACUAGUAAAGACCUGGCCAGUCUUCACAAGUUUCCGAUUAACCCUGAAACUAACCAACCAGACUGCCCGCUCAAGGAGUUGACGCAGUACGAGUGUGAAGUCUACGGCCAGGAAAUCAUCUGUGUUCCCUUCAAACGACUUUUCCGAGCCUGCAAAACUCGUUCAAGCACUCACGAAACACUUAUUGAGGUCACAGCCAAAGAUACAAAUAUCCAAGUGGACUUUGAAAAAUUACAUGAGUCUCCUAUUCUCUCCUCUCUCAAAAGAAAACAGUAG